CUUUGGUGUAAACAAGUGGCGCGAAUCGGUUCGUCAGUAAGGAUAUUAUAUUUUGAAAUAAUGAACGGACCCGCUAAAUCUACAUCGAAAUUUCCAUUUCCAUUUACUCCUUACGACGUGCAAUUAGAGUUUAUGAGUAAAUUGUAUAAUACAUUAGAAGAUGGGAAAAUAGGAAUCUUCGAAAGUCCAACUGGGACAGGAAAGUCUCUUAGCCUUAUCUGCGGUGCGGUGACGUGGCUGAAGGAACACGAGAAAAAGAAAAAAGAAGAAUUACAGAACGAAAUUAAUUUAGAAGAUAACGUCAAAGAAGAUGAAUCCGAUUGGUUUGCUUCGUUUGCAAAGAAAAAAGAGCAGAUGGAUAAAGUCAGAGAAGCUAAAUCUGAAAUGGAAUACAUUGAGAAAAGAGAGAAGAGAUUUAAGGAAUUAAAACAACAGAUUAAAAGAAAAAGAGUCGUUAAUAACUCUGAAUUCGAUGAGCUGUUUAAAAAUUCCAAACACUUAAAAGAAACCGUCGAUAACGAUCUUUCGGACAAAGAUAACGAGGAUGUCGAUAUCUUACUCCUCGAUUAUGCUAGCGACGACGAAAGUAGAGAGGAGAACGGCGAAGAGGAGGAGGAGAGAGAUACCGUUAAGAUAUACUAUUGUAGCAGAACUCAUUCGCAGUUGUCGCAGUUUGUUAGGGAAGUUAGACGUAGUCCGUACGCUUCCGACGUUAGGGUGAUUUCUCUGGGAUCCAGACAGAAUUUGUGCAUAAACGAAGCGGUUUUGAAGAUGAAAAGUUUGAGUUUGAUUAAUGAAAAGUGUUUAGAUAUGCAGAAGAAUAAAAAAUCUGCCAGAAUGUCUAAAGAGGUCAAGGAUCUCUUGAAGGCUAGUAAUGCUAAUUCGAAAAACAGAGGCAGUUGUCCGUAUUACCGACACGUGGCCAUGGAAGAAAUGAGAGAUCGUAUGCUCGUCGAGGUAGAUGAUAUAGAGGAGAUCGUCGAAAUGGGCAAGCGGCAUAGAGUGUGCCCGUAUUAUAGUUCGAGAUACGGAGUCGGCGAAGCCGAGUUGGUGGUAUUGCCUUAUAAUAUGUUAUUGCAUAAACAGACGAGAUUGGCUUGUGGAAUAAAGUUGAAAGGGAACAUUGUUAUUAUUGAUGAAGCCCACAAUCUUCUGGAAACAAUAAAUAACAUACACAGUUCGGUUGUUAGUGGUGCACAUUUGGCAAAUGCUUAUUCUCAGCUACAUCAAUAUUUUCAACGUUUCAAGUCACGUUUGCAUGCAAAAAAUCUGAUGUACGUCAAGCAAAUACUAUUUAUAUUAUCUGCAUUUAUUAAGCAUCUCGGAGGUAAUGUCGAUACGGUACCGACUGAUAUUUUAGGUGGUGAAAGUCAAACUAAUAUAUACUCUCAUGUAGAUUUUUUAUCGUUAACACAAAUAGAUAAUAUUAAUUUGUUUAAAAUAUUGAAAUAUUGUGAAGUAAGUCAGAUAUCUCAAAAACUUCACAGUUUUGUUGGAAAAUAUCAAGUCACAAUUCAAACGAAGCAGGAAUCAAAUGUAUAUGUGCAAUCAUCCAUAACAAAUUUCUUAUCAAAAGUUUCCAAUAAAGGAAAUGCAGAAAUAAAUGCAACACAAAAUUUAUCGGACGACCAGAUUCCGAGUGGUUCUCCAUUUGUGCUCUUCCAGGAAUUUCUUCGUGCACUUACUAAUCCUAGUAAUGAUGGUCGUGUGUUAUCGAUCAAACAAGAAAAUCUUCAAAAAUCCAGUUUAAAAUUUUUACUUCUUAAUCCGGCACUUCAAUUUCGAGACAUAGUUUCCGAAUGCAAAUCGGUUAUAGUUGCUGGAGGUACUAUGCAACCGACAUCCGAUUUUGUCGAACAGCUCUUUGUGCCUGCAGGAACAAAUGUUAACAGACUAGUACAUUUUUCUUGUGGUCAUGUGAUACCUCCAGAGAAUCUUUUAGGAAUAGCAUUAUCACAGGGUCCAACAGGAAAACCAUUAGACUUUACUUUCCAGUCAAGAGAGUCUGUAGAUGUUAUGGAUGAACUUGGCAGAGUUAUUACAAAUAUUUCUUCUAUUGUCCCGGGUGGAAUAGUAUGUUUUUUUCCUUCUUAUGACUACGAACAAAAAGUAUAUUCUCAUUGGGAUAAAACAGGAUUUAUUUUCAAAUUGAACGUAAAGAAAAAAAUAUUUCGAGAGCCUAAGAAAUCUAGUCUUGUAGAUCAGGUUUUGGCCGAUUAUUCGAGAUCGAUCUCUCAGUCUAAAAAUACUUCUAGUUCGGGCGGUUCGAUAUUAUUUUCUGUGGUAGGAGGGAAAAUGAGCGAAGGAAUCAACUUCUCAGACGAUCUCGGAAGAUGCAUCGUCAUGGUCGGGUUACCGUAUCCAAAUAUAAAUUCUCCGGAGUUAAAGGAGAAAAUGAAUUACUUAAAUACCAUUGCACCAAAAGCAAAAGACGGAAGACUGCCGGGUCAAGUUUAUUACGAAAAUAUAUGCAUGAAAGCGGUGAAUCAGUCUAUCGGCAGAGCCAUACGUCACAAAGACGAUUACGCGAUUAUUUUACUUUUAGACGGUAGAUACCUGCGGCCGUCCGUGACGUCUGCGCUGCCGAUGUGGAUAUCUUCGAGACUGACGAGUUAUCCGAAAUUUAACCAAGCAUUUUCGGCCAUGCGACAGUUUUAUGCCGAUAAAAAUAAUUAAUUUAAAAUCUCGCAGAUAGCAUCUCAUUUAAUCUAAUUAAAAUUACUUAAAAAUUGAAGUUGAUUAUACAAUAUUUGCACCAAAGCACUGAAAACUUUUUAGAAAACUAGUACUUUUGGGCAUUGACAUUAUCGGGAGACAAUGAGAGUGACAGUGACGACAAAGAUUUAUUUCCCUUGUUGAAUCAUGAUUUGUAAAGCCGAAUGUUUGAAUUUUCUAAAAUAUUUUCAUUUCAAGCAAAGUAAUUUGAAUUUAUUUUAACAUAUAUAAUAGCAUAGCAUUUUACUUAUAUACGGUAGAGUCAAAAAUAAACUGAACUUUUGAUAUAACUCAUUAUGUUAAUAGUACAAUUAUUUACAGAAGACCACCUUCAAAAUAAGCACCUGCAACUAUACACUUCUAGCAUUGUCAAAGCAAUAAUUGGAAGCUAUGUUUUAUGAUGUCUUCUGUGUGCCCUUUUAAAGAUGAGGCUUCUGCCUUGACUUAUACUGAUCAGCAAAUAUUUUACCAAGAAAGGCAUAACAGUGCUUUUUUCAAUCUCCUUACUCCUUGAUUUCGCCCCUCAGACUUUUAUCUGUUCUCCACAAGAAAAGAACAAUUAAAUAGUGGAUAGCUGCUACAACAAAAACCAUUAAAAAUUCACAUCACAAAAAAUGGCUUCCUAAACUGCUUUGACAAGUGGUAUAGACAGACACCAAGGACAAAUGGGUGACAGAAUGAGCUUACUUUAAAGGGUAACAUGACAGUGGCUCUUGAACUUUUUAAUGUGAUGCCCCCUUUUUAAUAAAGAAAUUCUUGCCUCACUCCUACAAGUUAUAAAAAAAACUCCAAAACUAGUAUUCUUACAUGUAUUUUAUUCUAAUAAAGUAACAUUUACAGAUAUUACUAAAUGAAAUAAAAUUUUGAUGAUGUAAUGACUAGAUUGUAGUCAUAAGCAUAAUGAUAAAGCUACGGUAAUAUAAUGUUAAUGCAUGAACACAAAAAUUGCAAGUGUAUUUAACACAUUUGUACUGAAAGUUAUGGAUAGACUAUUGAGUAUUGCUGGAGACAAACAUGAAAGUACACAAUAAUAAUAAUAAUUAUUUUGUAUUCACUUUAAAUGGUCUUGCACCAACUCUGAAGGUGUGCCCCAUAGUUGAGAACCAUCGUAGUGUAGUAUGAGUUUGUGUUACGUAUUAAAACGUGCCAAAAUUUCAGUUUAUUUUUGGUUUUGCUAAGUAUUAUUUUGCAUUAAUCAUCAAAGUAAGAAUCAAAAUACUAUUGAGAUUGAAAAUUCUAUCAAUUUAAAAUUAAUUCUUUUGCAAAUUUAACUAAAUUUAAAAAUUUGUUUCAAAUAACAUAAAUAUAGAAGAAAAUAAUAAAAAGUCACUUUGGUUUUUACCAG